GUACGAAGAGCGGGACUUAAGCUCCUCUCCUCAGAGUGGGCCGCGCCGUUUCGAUAUACGCUCAGGCUAGCUGGGGUGAACCGUGAAAGGCCUCUGGACGAGCCAGUUCCGUUUCGCUACUUGGAAAAUGCCCUUUGGGAAGGAAGAGGAGUGAAAACACCGCUUCUUCCCACAAAACACACACGUUGCUUUUCUUUAAAGUAGAAAUUAUCAGGAAAGGAGAAGCAGGCCGCGGCCUUCGAGUUUUCGAAAGUAGAGGCGCCCCUUGUCCCUUUACCUAAAAUGUCAAGUGUUGGUAGUCUGUUAAAAGUAGCCUUGUAAAAACCAAGAGGUGGUUUGUAAUAAUAAGAAAAAUCCACUCAGUUUGCAGCAAGCCUUUUAUUAGGUUAAGUAGAACUUUGCAAAAUACUGUGCAAGGAUUUUUGUUUUGUUUAGGACUCUUCGUCAGGCUGGAUUGAAAGCCUUGACUAUGGAUGCAAAAAUGCAAAAGGAUGAAGUGAGGACAAUUAAAUUUAUGCCACCACUAUACAAACAACGCUACCUGUUCGUUAAACAGUUAGUGAGUAAACAUAAACCUAAAAAGGUGGCAGAUUUGGGAUGUGCUGAAGGCAGGCUUCUCUGGAUGCUGAAAUUCUGCAGCUGCAUUGAAGUGCUUGUUGGGCUAGAUAUUAGUGAAGAUGUGAUGAAGGAGAAAAUGCAUACACUAUCUCCCCUUCCUAGUGACUAUCUCCAGCCAAGUGAAAGACGUCUGACAGUUAUCCUCUAUCAGGGUUCAGUUGCUCACAAAGACCCUUGUAUGCUGGGCUUUGAUAUGAUAACAUGCAUUGAAGUAAUAGAACACCUGGAGGCAGAAGAGCUGGACAAAUUCCCAGAAGUGGUAUUUGGUUUUAUGUCUCCAGCCAUGGUUGUAAUAACAACACCAAACUCAGAAUUUAAUUGUUUGCUUCCAACUGUAACAUUAUUCAGACACCCAGAUCAUAAAUUUGAAUGGAAUCGUGCACAAUUUAAGAACUGGGCCCAAGAUGUUGCAGCUCGCUAUGAUUAUACUGUGGAGUUUACUGGAUUAGGAGCCCCACCUCCUGAAAAAGAUGUUGGAUCUUGUACACAAAUAGGUGUGUUUAUGAGAAAAUACCAGAAUGAUGGACCUACACAUUUUGAGAAAUGCAAGGAACAUGUUUAUAAAACUCUUUUCAAAGCUGAAUAUCCAAGCCUUAAAGAUGAAAAGUACUUGCAGAAUGCAGUGGUCAAUGAAGUUAUUUGGACAGCACAAAUAAUUGCAAGGAGACUAUGGGACCACGUAAAAACUGAAUAUAAAAAACCCUGUUAUGACUCUGAAACAGAACCCAAAUUCCAACCAUCUCACCAUAGUCUGAGGUAUUUCAAGCAUCUGCCUUUAACAGAAGCCAACAAUAAAAGUUUGCAGCCAUUUAUUAAUGGAAACUCUGUCUACAUACCUCUUGCAAACAUUUUUUCUUAUCCUAAAGUGAAUAAACUUUGUGGAACAGUUGAAACACUAAGCAAUCUCAUAACUGGCAAAGUUGCACUCAGCCAUGACGGAUCUGCAGUGCUGAUUGAUGCUGAAUAUGAAAAUGAAGAGAUGGAGAAUUAGCAAAUGCUUUCAAAAAUACUUGUUCUUGGUACUACUUCGCUAACUGGAGGAGUACAGUGAGCAGAAUUCUGCUAGUUGCUGGAUUUAAAAACUCAGCAGAUUGGACUGGCUACUAAAUAUUUGGAUCAGGUGCCAUCUUUUUGUGUUGAGGUGGGCUAGAAUAAGAUGUUCCUACCUAAUUAUUUUGAUUGAGAAAUAAACGUACCUUUCUCACUCCAACUGCUUACAACAGUAGUUAGUAGAACAGAAGUCAGAAAAGUUUUCUCUGUCUGCGAACAGAAAAAGUAAUGUUUAAGAUGCAUUUUUUGUAUUGAAAGGUGGUUUUGCAAAGUUUGUGUACUAUAUUAUGCAACAGCACCGUUGUCAGUAUCUUUAUAGUACAAGUUUAGUUGAGAACUAAAUUAGUUGCUUAAGCUAAUGCUAGGUGUGAUGCUCUCUCUCUGUGUGCUUUUAAAAUAGUUUUCUUCAGAACCAUUCACAGUUCUAUAUAGAAAUGGGUUUGUAGAUGCUGUCCAAUAAGGACCUUCAAAUAAGAUUGUAGAAUACUACUUGCUAAACAAAGUUGGAAAAUACAUUUGCUCAACUCAUCCACGAACUGAUUCUAACCCCCAAAGCACCAGCAUAACCUUGGGGGACUGCUAAGUUUUGAUUAUAGAAAGGAGCAGCAGCAAUUCUUUUCCUUAGUCUUAACCUUAAAAUGGUUUGAUCAAGGAGAAGGGUGUGACCUCCUUUUUAAAUUCUGGCCUCUAUUCCUAGGAGUUAUGUGCAAGAUGGGAGUCGUCAGUCAUAGGAUAGCCUUAUUAAAGCCUCAAGUAACUGAAGUUAUGUCUUGCUUCCUGCAUGUAUUACCUGUUCAAGUAUGCUUUUCUUUAAUUACAAUAGUUGGUAAACAGAUUGGCAUAUGAGCAGAUGUAGUUGUACAUAAAUAUUGUUCCUGUGUAACAGUAAACAGCCUUUUCUAAACAAAUAUUAGACAAUUCUAAUAUUGCAACAAUUUCAACCACAAGGUGGCAUGCUUCUCCAGAAAGCAUUUGCUUGGCAUCCUGUCCUCAUGUAACCAAAAGGGAUGCAGCUUUUCCCAAUAUCCCUACCACCACCACCUUGGUAAAGAGUCAGAGGACGACUGCAGUGUUGUUGUUUUUAUACCAGAGACAACAAAUAUGAUUGGGCAAGAGAAGAGAUGGUUUGGUACUUUGUUACUCUUUGACCUUUUCCCUAAUUCACUUGUCACAUUUAAAGAUGCUAGGAUAGAUUACCGUAUUGUUUUUCUACUUCUACCUUCUUAGAAUGUAAUGCUCUCUAUUACAGUUGCACUGCAGCAGCUUUCUCCUUGUACUAUAACCAGAACACUGCAUCACUUCCCAGCCUGGCCCGGUUCCAAGCCCUUGCAGAGCGUACAACCGUAGCCACUAAUUUUCCCUGGUGUUCUCUGCUAUUAUAGUGUCGCUUCAGAUGAAUCAUUUUUGGGAUGAGAAUAGAGAAGAAAACCCAGCAUAGUUUCUACUAGGGCUUACUACAUUAAAUAGUCACUUAAAUGACUUAAAUAGUCCAAGACAAUCCUGUUUGCAAAGUUUAGUUUAACCACUUAUUCAGUAUUGGGAUUGAAGGCAGAAAAUCACUAAGUAUUCCUUACUACCAAUACAAGUAGCAGUUACUAAUCAUGUUUACAAUAAGCCCGUAAGAGUGGGAUGCCAGUUAGAUUGCUGAUGGAAAUGUAGCUGCUCUGCAGAGGAAAUGUGAGCUUUUCACAGAAAUAACAAAUGGAAACUUUUCUGCAGGUGGGACUCAUAGAGAGGAUGACAAAAGGCAGAACAAAGGGGGGAAACCACUAAAAAGCUGUGGCAAGGUCUCACAAUGGUGCUCUAAAACAUGGUUAUAUGUUUAGUACUUUUUGUCAUCAGUCAAAGUUUUGUAUUGUCUUACUACAAUGACAACCAUUACAGCAGUUUACUUGUGAAUACCUAAAGUAAACUGCUUUAAUAGUUGUAAUGGAAACAAAAUAAGAUAUAUUUUGUUUGUCCCAAAGAAUGAUCAGUGUCUAAAUGUUAUUUAAUACUGGAAUAUUUUGUUUUCAUGCUUUUGAGCUGUCAUUUCUCUAGAUUUUACAGAGUAAAUAGAUCAAACUUGUAAUGUUUUAGAACAAAAGUACCUAACAAAUCAAAAUAGCAUAAAAAGCAUUUUGAGAAAUCACAGCAAUCUGUAUCAGUGGAAUUAAUCAUGCUGACGGGGUAUAAACACAGGUAGAAAAUGUGAACCUAGCACAGGAAGCUAAAGCUGACUUUCCAGAAUGUCUGCAAGUCAAGCCCCAAUACAAAAUGCAGUUUAAUUUCCUCUAGCCUUUGAAUCAGAAUACUAAAUUGUACAGAGGUUCCAAUAUAAAUGAGCAAGGAAAGCAAUGGUGCUAGAGAUGCUUAAAUCAUUAAUUGAUUCUCUUCUCUAGGAAAGCGAAGAGCACUGGUUCUACUAAAAAAUUAAUAUACAAAGCCCCAUUGCACUUACAAAACAUAAAUGAAUUUUUAAACUUGUAAUAGGUCAGUAUUAAACUUAGUACAAGGAAUACAAAAGAUUUAAGUUCAUCAGGAAACCUAAACAACUGAACUAUUCCUGUCUUGGGCCUUUUUUCUGCAGGGAAUUAACCUAAAAAUGAGAUACAACUCCUCCCAAAAUUUAGCCUGUAUCCUUUUGGCAUACUAUUUUGUAUUAGAGAGAAGGAAGAUAACCCCACUCCUUUCUAAGCUAAUAAUUUGGUGGGGAUGGAAUGCCAUUCAUUUGCUCCUUUCAAUUUAAUAAACUGAAAUUAGUUACUUUUGCAAACACCCUUUGCAUUUGUUGUUUUGAUUCUCUGUUCAGAAAAACAGCACAUAAAAUGCAGAUUGAAGACAAAACUUUUAUUGAGUUUGUAAGACCACUUUACAUCAAGUAUUCUAUGGUAAAAAAAUCAGACUUUACUUAAAAAAUGUUAAUUUUGGGUAUCACUGUACAGUUUACACAAAAUGAAUGCCAUAUAUGAAUAUGAAGUUCAUUUCCCAUGUCUUGGGGACACAAAUGGAAUCACUUCAUUAAAAUGGCUCAGUUGACUAAAGUGCAUAAUAGCUGUUUAAUUGAACUAUCAUAUGGAAUUCAAAAAAUUACCAGUGUGAUGGGUACAAGAGAAAAUUGCCUUUGUGUAAUGUGUAUUAAGUCAGGGAAUGCAGGUAUUUACACUAGAAGUGACCAACAUUGCAUUUGAGUAAACAAGCAAAACAUAGUUUUUUUAACGUUGAACAUGAUAGUUCCUUUAUAGUUAGUGACCUUAAGUCAGUUUUUUAUCCCUUGUGUUCUUUCUCCCUCAUGCCAAUUUGUUCUCUCCAAAUCACUCAUCUUUUAGGACUGACACUUUUUAGAACUAGCAAUUUUUCAACAGAUUAUUUUACCUAGAUCACUGUAUCUUUCAGUUUUGUUGUGCAUUCUCUUUGCAUUAUUUUAACAGCAGCUUAAAAAAAUUAAAUAUUUACUUGAACUCAAUUAGAACAAUUCAAGCUAAAUAAAAUGUUUUAUGAAGCAGUGACAAGUUACUUCCAGGUACCAUAAUACAGAAGAAAUGGUUCUCAUUUUAACAAUUCACACAUAUGAUUUAAAUAAUAAAAAUGAGUUGUGACAUAUCUCCAAGAUACAAAAUUCCUUCAUUUAGCUAAGAACUUAAAUCUUUCAUUAUGUUUCUUGAGAAAGAUAACAAACAUUGACCAACUCCAGGGAAUUCAUAAGAACAUCAAUGUUCCGCACAGGCCAAAUAACUCAUUAGCUUACUCAAAGUGGUUUUGAAGAUACUGAUUAAUUCUAGUGACUAACUUUUUUUCACACCUGAAGCCCACUACUAACUGUUAAUAUGUUUCUGAAUUGUUGGCAGCCUUCACUCCAAAUCCCUAAAAAAUUUUUUACAAAAAUAAAAUGGGCUGUUUGUUGUCAGAAAACGCUUUGUCAAAACUGUUGCAUAGGCACAUUACAUGUUUCAUUUGUGCAAAUUUAUAUGUACCAGGAACUAUUUAUCUGCACAAGUUCCACUGAAAUAAAAGUUCUGUCUUAACAACUGAAUGAAAUGGACUAAAAUGAGAUGACUUAAAACGAGCUAUGCAGACAAUUCUGCAUGGCCAGCACUGCACUGCACUAUACCACAUGUGUGGCAGUUGCAAACAUCAAUGUAUGUAUCAGGUAGAACAGGGCAAAUACCUUUUAAAUGGAGCAAGUACAGAGGUAAGUUAUUUGCUCAUAUCCAUGCCUCAUUUACACUGGGCCUGAGUUAGCAAUUCUAAUUAAAAUACAAGAUUCUGGUUUCAGAUGGGGUGAAGAAAAUUAUAUAAAGUGCUUUUCUUGACAGCUUAAGCAUAUAGCAGUUAGCUGUUUAAUGGUUGUUCUUAAAGCUUUAUAAGAAAUUGUUCCGAACUCCUUUUUCCUCAGGAACAAGGCACUCUUUUAAGUGUUAAAUGGUUUGAUUUAAUAUUGUAUGAGCUAAACAACAUCCUACUGUAUGCUCUAGACUUUUCAUUACUGGUUAUUAUUCAAUGAUAUCUCCUAUGAUGUAGUACUUUCAUUUUUCAGUACACACCAAAUGUCAGCGAGAAUUAUCUUUGAAUACUAUAAAGUACUAGGGUUCAAAUCUUGUCAGCAGUGAUGACUGUGUAAUUCAAUACAGAUUUAAUUUUGUCAUAGCUAGUCACUCAUUUUAAGUAAUAAACUAGUUCUUACAUGUGACUUAGUCUUAAAGUUGCACACAUUUGUAGCAGUAUUAUCCUAUUUCUUUCAAAGCACAGCUGACUGGCUCACUUCCUUGAAGCAGCUGUUCCCUUUUGCAGCAAUUCUAGUUUGACAGGAACAAUUAAGCCAAUACUUGAGAGGCAAGAUUCUCACUCCCAGAAAAGGACUGAAAUAGAUAAUGUGUUUGACUUUUUAAGGGAUUAAAAAGCAACAGCAGCCAGGUUGCAAUUAGAGAACAUUACUGAAUGCGUUUCUACAUACCGACAAUUGAUUUCACCAUAUUAAAGUCAAGUCAGAUACCAUUUGU